ACAUCCAACACUUUAUCUAUCUAUCUAUCUAUCUAUCUAUCUACUUAUCUCACUCAAACAAGGCAAGAAAACGGCAGCUACCUAGGUGUUUCUUGGCGGCGAGAAGAUUUCUGGCACGGCAUCUGAUCUCUCUCGUCUCGCACCUCUCUCUAUCUCUCGCAUAUAUGAUCUUUCGGGCAAAUGAUCCUGUUUUAGUGACCACAGUUGAGCAAAACCCAUCACACCAUUGAUCAAAGGCAUAAAUAAAUAAAAAAGAAAAACAUGGGUGGGGAAGAUAGAUGGUGUGUGGUGACUGGGGGGAGAGGCUUUGCUGCUAGGCAUUUGGUGGUGAUGCUCAUCCGAUUUGAAAUGUUUUCAGUCCGUAUUGCUGAUUUGCCCCCCUCUAUCAAGCUGGACCCAGACGAGGAGAAGGGCCCCCUUGGCGAAGCUUUAAGGUCAGGCCAUGCACAGUAUAUAUCUACUGAUCUUCGAGACAAGUCCCAAGUACUUAAAGCUUGCCUAGGAGCUGAGGUUGUUUUCCACAUGGCUGCUCCGGAUUCAUCCAUCAACAACUACGACCUCCAUCAUUCAGUUAAUGUUCAAGGAACAAAGAAUGUAAUUGACGCUUGCAUUGAGCAAAAUGUUAAGAGACUUAUUUAUACUAGCUCUCCUAGUGUGGUCUUUGAUGGAGUUCACGGAAUAUUUAAUGGGGAUGAAUCAUUGCAGUAUCCAGCUAGGCACAACGAUUCUUAUUCAGCAACCAAAGCCGAAGGAGAGGCACUUGUCAUAAAGUCAAAUGGUAUGAAUGGGCUUUUAACAUGCUGCAUUCGUCCUAGCAGCAUAUUCGGACCUGGUGAUAAGUUACUUGUUCCAUCUCUAGUUAAUGCUGCAAGGGCAGGGAAAUCCAAGUUCAUCAUUGGUAAUGGCAAUAACAUGUAUGAUUUCACUUACGUUGAAAAUGUGGCACAUGCCCAUAUAUGUGCUGAACGAGCUCUAGCAUCAGAACGGAUGGUUUCAGAGAGUGCCGCAGGAAAGGCCUACUUUAUAACUAAUAUGGAGCCUAUCAAAUUUUGGGAAUUUUGCUCGCUUAUUCUUGAAGGUCUUGGCUACGAAAGGCCAAGAAUUAAGAUUCCUGUCUUUGUUAUGAUGCCAAUUGCACGUAUUGUGGAAUUGACAUAUAAGCUGUUAGCACCCUACGGAAUGAAGGUUCCACAGCUAACACCAUCAAGAAUCCGACUCCUCAGUUGCAGCAGAACAUUUAAUUGUUCAAAAGCAAAUGAUCGAAUUGGCUACACACCCAUUGUGCCACUUCAGGAGGGUCUCAGGAGGACAAUUGAGUCAUACCCACACUUGAGAGCUGAUAUUCAACCGAAAAGGCAUGGGCCAUCUAAAGCUUCUAUAUAUCUUGGAAGCGGAAGGGUUGCUGACACACUUCUUUGGAGGGAUAAAAAGCAGUCACUCACCACAUUGUUAAUUAUGUUCGCAUUUUACUUUAAUUUUAUAGCAUCUGGAUAUACCAUCAUCACUGCAGUAUCACGGCUUCUUCUGGCGGCAUCGAUCUUCUUGUUCAUUCAUGGCAGAUUACCUAAGAAAAUAUUGGGAUAUUCAGUUGAAAAAGUUCCUGAGUCAAAUUUCCAUUUCUCAGAAGAGAUGUCGCACCGAGUGGUUGUGUCAGUGGCCUCAUUGUGGAACUCUGUGGUAAAUGGUUUAAAAUCUCUUUGCAAAGGGAAUGACUGGAUGCUAUUCAUCAAGGUGGUUCUUUCUCUAUUGGCGCUCAUUCUCAUCGAAGCCAUUUCACUGCAGGGCUUGUUUGUUUUAGGACUUCCCAUUGUCUUUGUUGCUUUUCUUGUGUAUGAGAAAAAGGAGGAAGAGAUUGAUGGUCUGGUUCUGGGAAUUCAUUCAUUUGGAUGCAAAUUAAAAUCCAAUAUUGCCAAAAGAUUAAGCAACUCCAAGUAAUUCAGUAGUAGUGGGCCAUCAGCAAGCCUUUGCUAAGUGACAUCGCCAACUUCAUUAUAUGCUUGGAGCUUUAUAGCUGGUGUGCAGGCGAUUUCAAUGUGGCAACUGGCAACACUGUAUUUGUUUCUUGUGACAUAAAUUUUGUUCUUCUCUGGUUAUUUUUUAAUUUUAUUUUUGUUGUUUUUUACAAAUGUACUCGACUCUCUAAUUAAAAUACGAUUUUUAUUUUUUGGUUGCC